GGGGCUGGGAGUGUUUAUUUUGGUAUAUACAGUGAUGUACGAAUUUAAGUUACAUUUAGUAGAUAGAUUCCUAGGUAUUCCAGCACCAUUUACCGAAUGAACGGUCAUUUCCUCAUUAUCCAGCAAGACCCUAAUUUCCUACAAAUAUUGAAUGUAGAACUUAUUUAUGUACACCAGGCUCUGCCUCUGGACUUUCUGUUCUGUUCCAGAGACCCAGUACCAGAAUAUUUAAAUCACUGUGUCGUUAAACACGUUUUAAUAUCUGAUAGGGCCAGUUUCUGCGCACUGCACAUUUUUUUUUUUUUCCUUUCAGGAACAUGUUCAGGCCCGCGGCAGGGGGCGGGGUCACGCCUCCUCCUCUGCUCUGGUUCCCGCGGAGCCAAAGGAACACGGAGAUGGAAAGCCCAAGGCUGCUCCCGGCUACCGGGACGCGACAGAGCGGCGGUGCUGGCAUCCCCGCGGGCGGCAGCCGGGUCCACGGAGGCCCUGACCCGUGGGCUGGCCAGGUCCCCGCGCGCCGACUCGUGCUGCUCCGGGGCCUCCAAGAUGGCGGGCCCGGGAGGCGGCGCGAGGAGGCCCGCGCGGCCUCACGGGGCCCAGGCCCCAGCCCGUUGGCGACCAGGCCUGAUUACGCUGGCGGCGGUGGCGACAGCGGCGACGGCGGUGGCAGCGACUUUUUCCUGGUGCUGCUGGACCCAGUGGGUGGUGAUGUGGAGACCUCGGAAGCCCGCCAGGCCUCAGGGCCUGUAGGAAGGGAGGAGGCCCAGUCUGGCCCACAGCUCCAGAAGGGUGAGAGUGGCGCGAAUCCCGCGGGCUUCAUGGCGCUGGGUCCCUGUAGUCUGUCCGCGGUUCCAACACCAGUCUCGGCCCCUGCCCCAGGCCCGGGACCCGCCGCCACCUUCGCGGGCACGGUCACCAUCCACAACCAAAACCUGCUUUUGCGCUUUGAGAAUGGUGUCCUCACCCUUGCCACGCCCCCGCCGCCAGCCUGGGAGCCUGGGGUCGCGCCUGCCCCUCAGCCCGGGGGUCUGAUGGCUCACCAAGCGGGGAUCCCACACGCAGCGCAGCCCAGCGACUGCCCCGAGCUGCCGCCCGACCUCCUGCUGGCCGAACCGGCUGAACCGGCGCCUGCCCCGGCGCCUGAGGAGGAGACAGAGAGCCAGCUCGCAGCCGAGAGCCCCCGCAGGCCGCUGGGCCCGGGCCCGGGGGUGGUGCUGUACCUGUGUCCCGAGGCCCAGUGCGGACAAACCUUUGCCAAGAAGCACCAGCUGAAGGUGCACCUGCUGACUCACAGCAGCAGCCAGGGCCAGCGGCCCUUCAAGUGCCCCCUGGGCGGCUGCGGCUGGACUUUCACCACCUCCUACAAGCUCAAGAGGCACCUGCAGUCUCACGACAAACUUCGGCCCUUUGGCUGCCCUGCGGAGGGCUGUGGCAAGAGCUUCACCACAGUGUAUAACCUUAAGGCACACAUGAAGGGCCAUGAGCAGGAGAACUCAUUCAAGUGCGAGGUGUGCGAGGAGAGCUUCCCUACACAGGCCAAACUCAGCGCCCACCAACGCAGCCAUUUCGAGCCCGAGAGGCCCUAUCAGUGCGCGUUUUCCGGCUGCAAGAAGACAUUUAUCACAGUGAGUGCCCUGUUUUCCCAUAACCGUGCCCACUUCAGGGAACAGGAACUCUUCUCCUGCUCUUUUCCUGGAUGCAGCAAACAGUACGACAAGGCUUGUCGCCUGAAAAUUCACCUGCGGAGCCACACAGGUGAGAGACCUUUCCUUUGUGACUUUGACGGCUGUGGCUGGAACUUCACCAGCAUGUCCAAACUCUUAAGGCACAAAAGGAAGCACGAUGAUGACCGGAGGUUCAUGUGUCCUGUGGAAGGCUGUGGGAAAUCUUUCACGAGGGCCGAGCACCUGAAAGGCCACAGCAUAACCCACCUGGGCACAAAGCCUUUUGUGUGCCCUGUGGAAGGCUGCUGUGCCAGGUUCUCUGCUCGCAGUAGUCUCUACAUUCACUCCAAGAAACACUUGCAGGAUGUGGACACUUGGAAAAGCCGUUGCCCAGUCUCUACUUGUAAUAAACUUUUCACAUCCAAGCACAGCAUGAAGACCCACAUGGCCAAAAGGCACAACCUCAGCCAGGAUCUCUUAGCUCAGCUGGAAGCUGCAAAUUCUCUUACACCCAGCAGUGAACUUACCAGCCAGGGACAGAGUGAUCUCAAUGAUGCAGAGCUAGUGUCUCUCUUCUCUGAUGUGCCUGGCAGUAGUUCUGCUGCAGUGUUGGACACAGCACUGGUGAACUCUGGAAUCUUGACUAUUGAUGUGGCUUCUGUGAGUUCAACUCUGGCGGGGAACCUCCCUGCUAAUAAUAAUAAUUCCUUAGGGCAGGCUGUGGACCCUCGGACCUUGAUGGCCACCAGUGACCUUCCCCAAAGUCUGGAUACCUCUCUCUUUUUUGGAACAACAGCCUCUGGUUUUCAGCAGGGUCCCUUAGAUAUGGAUGAUGCCUCAAGUCUAAGUGUGGGGCCAUUGGCAUCUCUGGGCCCUUUGGCUAUGAAAAACUCGAGUCAAGAACCCCAAGCUUUGACGCCCAGCAGCAAGCUAACAGUGGACACAGAUGCUCUGACUCCUUCCAGCACCCUUUGUGAAAACAGUGUCUCAGAACUACUGACGCCAACCAAAGCAGAAUGGAAUGUACAUCCUGACUCUGACUUCUUUGGACAGGAGGAAGAAACCCAGUUUGGAUUUUCCAAUCCAGCAGGAAACCAUGGUUCUCAGAAAGAAACAGAUCUUAUCACAGUGACUGGCAGCUCAUUUUUGGUAUGAACUAUUAAUUCCUUGCCACAUGGCUUACUUUUAUUAAUUACACUCAAUUUUAAGGAUAUUCUGGACUAAAUGUUUAAAUGAAGCCCUUUCUAACAGGUUUGGAAAGGAACAAAUCCCGAGGCUAUUAAGUUGGGAAAUUUAAAUUCUGAUCUUGACUCUGGAACUGACAAGUUGUGUGACCCUGAGCAAGUCACUUAACCAAUCUGAGCCUUAACUUGCUUAUUUAUAAAAUGAGGUGGUUUGAAUAGAUUAUUUCUAAGAUUUUUCAACUGUGUAUUUUCAUGAUUUUGUGCUCUUUCUAUUGCAUGUGCUUCUAAUGUAAUGAAAAUGCAUUGAGAGUUAAUGAUCAAAGAAUGUGAACUGGCAUUUAACUUUAAAAUUUCAAUGGACAUUUUACAGAAUGUCAGAAUAUUUCUAAAAUCUAGUGAUAGAGCUUAAAAAAAGAAACCUAAAAAUAUGGGUUGGUUCUUUUUACCUCCUCACCCUUCUAGUUUCUUUCUUUUUCUCUCUUUUUCUUUCUUUCUCUCUCUUUCUCUUUCUUUCUUUCUUUCUUUCUUUCUCUCUCUUUUUUUUUUUUUAUGGAAGGUUAUGUUGUGGCAGAGCUUUGAUAAGACUCAGACCCAGAAAUUUUGACUUUGUGGUGUUGAGUAAGUGGCCUUAAGUAAGUCAUUUAGCAUCACUAAACCUCAGUUCCCUGCUGUAAAAUGGUCAUUGUAAUGUAUACCUACCUGAUAUGCAUUUUAGACUUAUUUUUCUAUCCCAGGAGUUAGUUUUGGGGGGGAAAUGUUCUGUGUUUUGGCAUGCUUUGGUGAAUCUUUAUCACUUUUCCUGCCCCUCUAGUUCCUUCCUAAAAGAUAAAUUAGUAUAAUUCAAUGACAUGUGUGCAGGCAGUAAAGGUUUAUGAACAAUAAGAAGCAGGAAAUGGAAUAUCUUUCUUCCACAGAUUCAGAAGGAUUUUUCUGGAUACAAUUCUUAUGUAAUGUUGCCUCCAGGUCCGUUUGUCUGAAUUACAGUAUCUUUGCUCUGCAUUCAAAGCCAGCCCAUGGAGUGAAUAUAUAGAGCCUGUGAUUCCAAGAAAAUCUGGGAACAGAUCAGAGUGACAUUUUCUCCCUCUGUGUCCCAGAGAGCAGUUUGCUUGCCUUCUUCCUGAGUUGGAAUGAGAGGUUCAUUUGCAUUUUGAGUAAAUAUAAUCAGUCUUACAUGAGUAUAGCAUUUUAAAGUUUAUGCAGCACUUUCACAACUUAUAUUUGAGCCUCACAAUAUUGUGAGAUAGUUGGGACAAAGUUUUAACUAUAAUUCAUAUUAAAAUUUACCUAACUCACGUUAAAAGUGAAUCAUAUAUAUAUAUAUAUAUAUAUAUAUAUAUAUAUAUAUAUAAAUUCCCAUGUUAUUCUUUGAGUUUCAUUUGUUUAUAACUACUUUUUCUGUUCUACCUUAAUUGAUGUCUGUUCCUUUCUGCCAGCUGUACUCUCUCUCCAACCUCUUCUCUAACAAGUGCAUGUAGUUCCUUGUCAUGAUCUCUUCUUUUAAAAUUUUAAUUAGAUGGGUCAUUUUCAUGGUCCCCAUAUCUCAGCCAUUCCCCUCAUGGCCCAUUUUUCAGUCACAAUAUUUACUGCAGGUCUGAAUGUCUACUAAGAAAUUAUAGUGUGUUUCUAUAUAAAUCAAAUGAUAAGAAGAUAUUUUUAUGUAAGGUUUUUGUGAGACAUGUUCUUUUACUUUUCUGUGUUUUUUCACCAUGUUGUUCUGCUAGCAAACACUAUUAGUUGCCCUGAAACAUUCUAACCCAGUACUGCUUGCAUGUAGAUGUUUGUGGAUGACAAGUAUAGCACUUUGGCAGUGCACUUUAUAAUUUGCCACUUUGAAAUGCAACUGUAUUAUCUUUCUGGUUUUUAAAUUGGUUGUGCCCAUUCAGUGAAAAAGCAAAAAGUAUAUACAUAAAUUUGUAAUUCAAAGAAGUGGUCAGAGUAUGAUUGUUUCUAACCAUUUAACAGUUCUCCCUCAGCACUUUGGAAGGAUUUUAAGCCCAUUUUGGCAAUGCAUUGUCAUUAGUUAAGUCCUCUUAAACAGAUUUUUCUUCUUUUCCUACAGAUAGGAAUGUAGAGGCCUGAUGUAAACAUGCAAGGUGUAGGCAUCUGUUAAGAUAUGUAAACAAAAGAAUGUUUUAAAAUUAUUUCACUUCGUUUCUUUAAUCCCUCAUACUCUGUCCCUUUAUUAAAAACUAUUCUGUGGAAUUUUUAAAGGACAAAUUUUACGUUUCUUGAAGAUAAAUAAUCUUAUAAUUGUUUGUAGGGUCACACAGUUUCCUUCAAUCUAUUUGUUCAAAAGAUUACUCUUUCAAUAUCAUUUUCCCAGCAUCAUGGUGAAAACGGCAUGACAUUACAGUUAGAAGUACGACUACCAACACAAUGGCUAUUUCUGUUAGUGUUGGCAUAAAGAUGCCAUUUAAAAAAAAUAAUGGGACAUAAUUCAAUGUUCUCUCAUUUGCUUUACUUGACUGUUCAGUACUUGGUUUAUGAAAAUUUUGCCAAUUGAAAAAACAGUAACAAAAUGCUUUUCAGAAAGGUUUACAUUUAGGGGACUCUCCAAUUGAAAAAAUAGUAACAAAAUGCUUUUCAGAAAAGUUUACAUCUAGGGGACUCUGUUGAACGUGUUCAUCAUGAGUUAAAAUAUGUUAAUCUUGACAUUUUUACUAUUAUUUCAUUAUGGUAUUACAUAAUUGAAAGUCUUUAGUAGAAGUGAAACUCCACAAAAUACGAGGAUCACUUUUCUUUUUGGAUUAAGUCUUCAUAUUCCCAUCCAGGAAAAAUAAGAGAAGAAUUUGGUAUAAUGGUAUUUAUGACUAUUCCUUGAUUCCAGAUAAAACAUUGAUUAACUCCCUUUUUGGGAAUACUCAUAAUCCCUUAGUAAUUAUUGAUACCAAACAGAUCCACUUGAUGCUCACUCAAAAUAAGUGAUAAUUAAAAUAUAAGGCUGAGCUGAAAUUUGUGUGUAUAUAUAGCUUUUGAACAAAGGAUUUUCUUAGCAAUUAAAAAAAAAUAAAAUGUGUGGGGGACUUAUAGAACAGAUUAAGCUCUGUGUCAGAACACAACUACAUCUAAAAAGCAAAGCACAUGCUACAAAUGAAUUUUUAUAUUUGUCAAAUCUCUAUUGACAGGGCCUUUGGUAACAGUUUUUAAACUGGGGAUCUCAUUGUAUAUUUCAAGUUAACUUACGGACUACAUACAACAUACAAGGUAGAGUACUAGGAAUACCGAUAAGAGGAGUAAAAUGUAAGCCACAUCUUAAUUUUGGAGAGGGCGUGAGAACUCACAUAAUAAACAUGUCACAACUAAACAAUACCAGGAAGCAUCCUUUCAGAAACCAAAUUAAUGGCUUGGAGGAAAAGAAGGGGCAGUAGCUAUGCUUUAAUGGAUGGUUAGAUUUAGUUAUGUUGAGAAGAGAGCAGAUGAAUUCUAGCCAGGGAGAAAAACCCAGGAAAGAAUGUGAAACAAAAUAGGCUACACAACACUGGGAAAGACCAUCUAGUUGACAUGCAGGGCUCAUGUUUGGUAAGUUCUGGGUAGUAGGGUUAGACUACCAGUAUGGAGCCUAACUCUAAGAGCUGUGAAAUCAGUCAUAGCAGAUAGGACUUUAUUCUGGACAUGGUUUAGAGCCAGUGAAGAUAUUUAAGAAGGGAAGUCAAAUGAUAAACAUAUAGAAAGUUUAAUAUAGUAGAAAUAUACAAUGUGGAUUUGAUGGGGGGAUAUAAGAUCAUGUAAGAGUUUAUUGUAAAAUAAUUUCAGGGUGCUGUGAUAAGGACUUGGAAGUGGAAUCAUGGCAGGAAGUGAGAGAUAUUGGAGAUAUUUCCAAGUUGAGGUAACAGAUAUAACUUGGUGACUCACUGAAUAUAUGAGACAUCAAUCAGAAAAAGAAAGCAAGAGCAGAAAUGACUCUAAGGAUUUCUUGGAGGCUCUAAAAAUUACAUUUUAUUAGUCAUGAACGAGAAGGGUUGAAAUCUUUCAGGAGUACAUGUGAAAAGACGAUUAGGGCAUGUUUAAUUCAUGAAGAAGUGAUAGAUCAUAGUUACUUACUAUACUGUAAACUGUACAUAUUGUGGAUUAUGCACAGUAUUAGGCAGUGGGGGCCAUUUCAUUUUCCUUGGCUCCUUCAAAUAUUCUCAGAUUCACAUUUAAUGUUUAUAUUUUUGUUUGCCUUUGAGUAUUUACAGGCCUCUUCAACUUUGCAUCAAAAUGAGCCUCUUCAACUCUGCAUCAAAAUGAGCAUACUGUCUUCACUACUUUGGAUAUUUAACAAAUAUUUUAUGUGGUAUUUAGUAAUAUAAUAAAUAAUUUCUCCAUAAUUUAGGAGAUGCUGUUUAGUCAUCGAUUUUGAUAACUCCUCAAUAGAAACCUUGUUAGAUUAAGUUUUACCUGUAUUGUUCUCAGAUUGCAAGAGACAGGGCUAGGAUUAUCUAAAACUAACUUCCAUGUGAUCUUUGGGGCUCCUUACUCAAUUCCCUGUGCCAUUGACUGAUAUGGUGUGAGAACUCAGUCACAAGAAUCAUAUUCUCUGUUAUCCAUAUACCCUAACAUAGGUUGUCCUUUUUAUUGUUACCCUUACCACUAAUGGUGAUAACUCAGAAGGAAUGGGGUCCAAGGAAAAAGUGAGAGUAAAUAAAUAGCACAAAUAACUACUCA